AUGACUUACCUUAUCCUCAUAAGUAUUUUUAUUACAUGCUCCAUUGAUGUUAUUAACGGUAAUACUCAUUGGAUGGUAACCGAGAGCGGUUUGAUUCAACCAAGGGUUGAAACCCCAUUUGAAUUAGCAAGACCGUACGAUUUGUUAGCAUUUUUAAAUCAAGAAACUUAUUGGGAUGAUGUUAUAGAUAUUUAUCAUGAUUUGUCCAAAAGACAAACGUUGAUAGAUGAAUUAUGGUCUGAUGUUGAUGAAAACACACACAUGAGUUCUCAAAUGCUCUCUGAUGUCGAUUGUCUCAAAGCUGGACAAUUAAAACAAUUAAAUUGGUAUGUUGCUUUUUCGGAAGAUGGAAGUUCUAGAAAUAUACCGGAACAAGAUUAUCAACUUGCUACUCCACAACAUCGUCAGGAUACUGAUGUUCCAGACUGCAAAAAAAUAUCUUCUUUAAUUUAUAGUAUGUCUGCAUUUGAGCAUUUAGAGGGUAUGAUUCGCAGAGACAAUCUGACGAUUACUCCCGAGUUGAACCUCCCUGAUAAUGUAUCGACAACUAUGACUGUGGGUCAGUUUGGUCAUUGGUUGUCAGGCGUCCUCCGGAAAAAUAGCUCAUCUUGGCUUCAUUACAAUAUGGCUUCUCUGUAUUGGCGGGUGAGAGGUAAUGCACCUAAGGCAAUGGAGUGCAGUCGUCGAGCUAUACAUUAUGCACCAAGAGAAUACAAGGAUAUAGCGCUAUUAAGCAUGGGAACAAUAUUUCAUCUCAGCAAAAUGGCCGAAGACGCUCUAAUAGUUUUGAAUGCAGCCGUUGACCAUAAUUCAAAUUUUUAUUUAAGCCACUUCCAACUUGCGAACACUUAUGCGGUGUUGUGUGACUUCAAUAAUUCCAAUAAGCAUUUAGACCAUUGUCUGAAGUUAAACCCUAAUUUUGAUAUCGCUGUUAAGCAUAAACAUGGGGCCAUGUGCCUUGCAAAUAUAUGGAAGAGGUUACUAGUCGUGAAAGUUGCAUUAAAUAAAUUACGUAAUGAGCUCUCAGUGUAUACCCAAAAGGAAGCUCAACUGCUCAAAUCACAGAGUUUACUUUUAAAAGGAAUGAAACAUGAAGAGGAAUAUGAUUACAGAGACAUUGUGAAGAAUUGCGAGAAAAUGACCGCGUUGACUGGGCUAGAUAUAAAAGGUCUUAAGCUAAAAGGCGAUAAGUAUUCCUUGAUUAAUUAUUUUCUCAAUGGAUCCAUGUAUACCGACUUAUGGUCGAAUAAGACAAGUCUACACGCAGUCGAGUCGGCGUACAGUCUGCAACGUUUGGUGCGCCAUAUUGAUAAUCAUUCCAACCACGCGUCAGAUAUUAUAGUUCAGUCAGAACUAUUAAAAGCGGCCGAAGAAAAAGCUUUAAAGGAACGUACUGUAUCAUCGCCUCUACCUAAUAUUCAAAAGAGUAAGCCACGUACGGAAGUGAAUACGAAACCUGUGCCUAAGCAGAAAAAUUAUAAAAAGUCUAGCAAUCAUAUUGAAGACGAUACAAAAGCUUUCGAAAGUGGAGUACCAAUGUAUCCGCCGACAUUGAAAAUAAGCAGAAAUGUUGAAGAUUUCGACAAAGAUCCGGAGUGGCCUUCUAAUCGGUUUUGUAAAGAGGCGUCACCGCAUUUCCCGGAGAAUUUAGAGGCUAUAUUUCCAGUUUUUAUGCCUUUCGAAAAUAAAGGUAUACGAAUCGGUACACUGCUGACGGAGAAACUCGGAGUGUCGGCGUCCGAGGAGUACGAGCUUCCUUGGCAUCCCCCAUCCUGUCCGCACGAUAAAGUUGCAACAGCAUUUAUUCAGAAGAAACCACACAAAAAUCAUUUAAUAAGCGGGGUUGUCACAACGGAUUAUUUGAGACAACAGCUAUUGAAAUACGUUGCAAAUGGCAACGUGGACCUCGCCAAGCAUAUGCAAGACGCAGAAAUAGGUCAGCGGAUAUAUGCCGCGAUGCAAAAGAAAUUAGCACCGAAAUGGAUUCUUCAAACGCUGUCUUCACUGUACUGGCGCGUCCGUGGCAACAAUUUAAAUACGUUAAACUGCCUCAUAUCAGCCUUAAAUACUGUCCCGGAUCGGUACAGGGACAUAGUGCUGGUUUCAUUGGCUUCCGUUUGUCUGGAGAUGGGGCACUUUGAAGAAGCAAUGCUACUUGCGGAAGAAGCAUUCAGGACCAGUCUGUAUGAGCCAGCGACAAACUUCAUCCUAGCAGAACUCAAUAUGCUAAUAAAGCAUCAUAACACUCAUAUGUUUCAUUUAAAACAAGUGCUGCGCGUCGAAAAGGAAUUUAUGGGGGGACUCGCCAGAAAUCUUCUGUAUGGCUGGGCUUGCAUAAUGAAGCAGGUCAACGAGUUGGCUGAAAUGGAUUGUAGUAGUGAAGACAGCACUCGAAUCGAACCGGAAACGGACAUGGUAUGCGAGAAGGACGGAAGUAAUUGUCCUAAGACCAACUUACAGAGCUCCAAUAAACAACAGAAAGUGGACACAAGUACGAUAGUGCGUUUGCUCGAAAUGAAAGACGAGAAAAUACGCAAAUCUAAAGAGGACAAUGUGGAUGAGAGCAUAUUUGAUCCUUUUAUUGUUAACAUGCCUUCUGAUCGUAACAAUUUAUUAGGACAUCAGUUGAAUUUCGACAGUAUGAUGAUAACUCUGGGGAAAUCGUUGAAAGGUUGCGGUGCUCAAGGAUGCCGUAACCUACAAGCAGAAGAUUUGGCACUAAAAGAAGAUGACUGUGCAGACCAUCACUUACAACUGGGUUAUUGGCUGCACAUUGUUAGCUUUAAGCAACCGUUCACUGAUACCAAACUGCGCCUACCAGCAGAAAUCAUCGCAACGCCGCCCUCAAACAAGAAAGUUCCCGAAUGCCAGUUGAAAAUGGACACCUCCCAGGAUUUCUUCUUAGAGCGCAUCAGUCGAGUGGACACAGAAGGCUGGGAGCCUGUGUUAAGCCUAAUGCAUCAAUUCGCCGAAAUAUUCGCCUAUUUUGACUACGUUAAUUUGGGAGCGAAGAUUGCUAAAUAUGUAGAGACUAAGCCACGGUCGUGGGUGGGCGCGCUGAGCGCGGGCUGGUGGUGCGGUGCGGGCGGGCGCGGCGCGUGUGCGGCGCGCUGCCUGGCCGUCGCGCACGCGUACGCGCCGCCGCACUACGCCAUGCACGCACUGCGCGCGCUCGCUGCACUGCUGCACUCGCAAUCGAAACAACAGGACGCUAAAGAAAUCGCAUACCUCGCUUUCUAUUUGAUGCCAAAGAGCAAAGUUGAAGCAUUACUGGUGGCGGUUUCACAUACAUGCCUCGCGGAGUACGAGCAAGCUGUUUGGAUGUACCGCUACGCUCUCACAUUCGACGAUCAGUUCCUUCCUGCAAAAGCUUGUCUCCACGCCGCGAUGUGCUUGAUGUUCUACGGAGAUAAUGCCAAAGGACAGGCUUUGGAGGAAUAA